CGGAUAACAAAUUGAUUUAUUUAAUUUGACUUGUAAUUUUUUAAGUAAAUUAUAUUAUAUAUUGUUAAUUUAUUAAUAUUAUAUACAUGUAUAUGAUGACAAACAAUUCAAAAUUAUUCAAAUAAAUCUUUAAAUCCUUAGUUUUAGAUUCCCCAUUCUAUAAAAUUUUAUUUAACCUUAUUACUAUGAGAUAUAAGACUUAUCCGUAUAUAAUAAUAUUUGUAGUAGUUGGAUACAUACAAUCUGCUGAUAAAUUAAGUGACGAUACAGGUGGGGAAUCGGGUUACUAUGCUGAUGAUGAAGAAGAUAAUUUUGAUACAAAGGAGAUAAUUGAACAACUUGAGGUCUCUGAUGAUAAUAUCGAUGAAGAAGGAUUCCAAACCAUAGUGUCACAGUUGGAAAUUUUUCUCAUUGAUGAUGAUAAACAAAAUGCGAAACCAGAGAAACCCAGUGAUAAAAGCCAAAAAGCGGGAGCAGAUCAACCAGAAGAAACUGUAGGUGAUGAAGAAGUUAUAAUUAGAAAUUUUAAAAAGGGAGUAACAUGUGAUGAAAUAACGCUUAUGAAAAAGAAUAGUGUCGGCGAAUUAGUAAAAAUGACAGAAGAAGACUACAAAAAAACUUUUGAUAAUUUAGAAAAGGUAAAUUAUGAACUGAAAUCUGAGCUUGAGCAAAUACUUUGUGACGGUGACCUUGUAUACAUAUAUUCAGACGAAGAUGCUCGUUCCAAAAGUGUAACAUUUUAUAAGUUAUUUUUUACUUUUGUUAUUAGACUUGAAACUGAAUUUAUUUUUAUCAAAAACAGUUUAAAUAAAUGGGUUGAAUAUGAAAACAUAACUAUGUAUCACUUUAAUUUCUUCUCACAAAAUGAUGAAGGUAAAGAGAUUUUAAUUACUCCUGAAAACUACAGUGUUGAUCUAACAGGUGAUGGAACCUUGAAAUAUGUCUUUUUACCAAAUGUACAUUGUACUAGAGUUGAAUAUUAUGAUAUGUUUAGUUGGAAAAAGAGUUCUAAAGAUGAUUAUCUCUUGGCACUUUGUUUUACUUUUAAAAAAAAUAUUAUACUUCAUUUUAAGGAAUAUUUUGCUUUAUAUGAAAUUAAUGAUAGUGGAUACUAUUAUUCAUUAAGAAAAACUAUUUUUAGAAUAACUGAAGAUAAUUAAAUUUGGAUAAUACUUACCAAGCCCACAUAAAUCAAUAAAAAACAUCGUAAACAUAAAUAAACAAUAUAUUAUAUUUUUAA